UCCUCGAUUAAUAGUCUAGACUAGACUAGAUAGGGUAGCGACUAAUAGUCUACACCUUAUCUCUUCCCUGCAUAGCUCAUUUUCUUUCUCUCACACUCCCUCCACCUGGAAGUUUCCUAGACGACCACUCCUCUCCGAUUGUCUCUCAAUCCGUCUAUAUUUUAAGGAGCGAGUAUAUAGUAACCAGGAAAAUAGCUCUUCAUCGCAGCCUCAUAUUACAUCCAACGGCUGUGAUUUCCACUCUUCUCUUGCCUCUCACCACGAUUUGCCUUAAAUGCUAGGACACAAACACAAUCACUGAGCUUAGUCUUCCCAGCACUGUUCUCCCAUGUGUUAGACAGCCAAACCUUCUAGACUGCUUUACCCAAGGUAUAACUUUCUGUAUAUAUAGAUAUUUAGCAUAGUUUUGCAUCUGCACACACUCAUAUUCCCAGUUCUGGUUCUUACCCUUAUUGUUUAUGUUCUUGAGGAUAAAGAUUUCAACUUUGUGCUCAAUUUCAUAAGGAUAUGCUCUUAAAGAUUAUUAUUGAUAUGUUGGAGCGUGGUACUGUUAACAACUGUUGUGUUUAAUCUUUCUUGAGAAAUUGGAUUAGGGCUGCUGUCUCUUGAAGAUUCAAUGGUUAUGGACAGAGAUUUAAGGGGUUCUCAUGAGACCACUUCUAGGAUUGAACUGCAGGAUGAAAUGGUAAAGCUUUAUCUUGAUCAAGAAGCCAUCCGUGGGUUAACUGCCAAUGACACCUAUUUGGACCCAAUCUCUGUUGCAGAAAGUGAAAAGUACGGAGACCGGUUAAAUUCUCUGGACCCUAAUUUGUUGAAAAAGCAAAAUCUAAAUGGUUUAACCUUCCCAACUUCACCGUAUAUAAAUCCGAUCAAUGAUCCGAAUUCCGGAAAUGGUCACGAGGAUUGUGAUUUUAGUGACACAGUGUUAAAGUAUAUUAGCCAAAUGCUUAUGGAAGAGGAUAUUGAAGAGAAGGCCUGCAUGUUUCAAGAGUCAGCUGCCUUAGAAGCGGCCGAACGGUCUUUUUAUGAGGUCAUUGGCGAGAAAUACCCACCAUCCUCCCAUCUUGAAGAUCAUAUGGGUCAUUAUAGUAAUAAUGGUGGUGGUGAUUGUGAUUUGUUAAAUCCUAAUUGGGAUAUUAAUGAUUCGCUGUCAUCCUUUAGUUCAUCAUGCAAUAGCUUGUGGACUGUAAAUGAGGGGCUCGCGGAGUCACCAGUGAGUACACUCCAGAUCUCAAGCAUACCGGGUAAUAUUGUACAGGAAGCAAACAAGUUCUUCGACAAAGGGCAGAAUGGAAAUAAAAAUGAUACGAGAGGGUUAACAGGGAAGAAAAAUGUGCAUUAUGCACUUGAAGAAGCAGAAGAUGUGAAUGAGGGUAGAAGCUACAAGCAAUCAGCUGUCUCGUCUGAAUCAACCGUUGAACCGCAAAUGUUUGACGAGAUAUUACUAUGCAGUGGUGGUAAAAACGAAUCUGAUCUCCGUCAGUCUUGGAAGAGCGUUCAGGAGUAUAACGGGAAGAAAUCACGGGGGAGCAAAAAGAAUGGCAUCAAACGAGACAACAUGGUGGACUUAAGUACGCUAUUGACACACUGUGCACAAGCAGUUGCCUCUGAUGACUUACGGACGGCGGUGGAGCUUCUGAAGCAGAUCAGGAAACAUUCUUCCCAAACGGGUGACGGUGCGCAAAGGAUAGGUCAUUACUUUGCAGACGGGCUCGAGGCCCGUAUGGCAGGUUCCGGGACCAAAAUUUACAAAGCCCUUAUAUCGAUGCCCACUUCAGCUUCUGACGUCUUGAAAGCAUACCAACUCUUCCUAGCUGCCUGCCCUUUCAAGAAGAUCUCCAACUUCUUCUCAAACAAAACAAUAAUGAAUCUAAUAGCCCAACAAGACACCACGUCAGUCCACAUAAUCGAUUUUGGCAUUUUCUACGGCUUUCAAUGGCCUUGCUUCAUCCAACGUCUCUCGUGUAUACCCGGUGGACCCCCGAAGCUCCGUAUAACUGGCAUUGAUUUCCCACAACCCGGGUUCCGACCUGCAGAACGGGUCGAGGAAACAGGUCGUCGCUUAGCUAAUUACGCCCAACGAUUCAAUGUCCCAUUUGAGUUCCACGCCAUAGCCCAGAAAUGGGAAACUAUUAAACCGGAAGAUCUUAAGAUCAAAGAGGGAGAGCUCCUCGCGGUGAAUUGCCUAUAUCGACUCAGGAAUCUACUCGAUGAGACGGUCAUUUUAAACAGCCCUAGAGAUACAGUUCUCGACCUGAUCCGCGCGUUAAACCCAGCCGUUUUCAUAAUGGGGGCCGUUAACGGGUUGUACAAUGCCCCAUUUUUCAUCACACGCUUUCGGGAGGCACUUUUUCAUUACUCGUCUCUGUUUGACAUGCUUGAGGCGACCACCCCACGUGAGGUUCACGAGAGAGUCUUGUUGGAGAAGGUCUUGUUCGGUAGGGAGGCAAUGAAUGUGAUAGCAUGUGAAGGUGGGGAGAGGAUUGAGAGGCCGGAAACAUAUAAGCAGUGGCAGGUGAGGAUUCAAAGGGCAGGGUUUAGGCCACUUCCUGUGAAUGAGGGGAUCAUGAAGAUCUCUAAGGAGCGUGUAAAGGUGUACCAUAAGGAUUUUAUGAUUGAUGUGAAUAGAGCUUGGCUUGUUCAGGGAUGGAAAGGGCGUAUUAUAUUCGCUCUCUCAUCCUGGAAAGCGGGACCCUAAGCGUCAAAGUAUGAGAUUAGUUAACAACAGCAAGAGGAGGAGGUACUUUGAUGGUAUUUAUAUCUAUUUGAAAUCAUUAGAACUUUCAAUCCCCCCCCCCCCCCCCCCCCCCCCCAUCUAGAGUAGUUGUGCACUUGUGGUGAUAAGGAUGAACUAAUGUGUGUUGCUUUGUAAAAAUGCUCUGGUUUUUGACAUAGGAAGAUUAGGCCUUCUCGCCGUGGCUGUGUGACUGGCCACUGCUAUCCUUCAAGCCUAUAUGGCAGUUUUCACCCUCCUGGGGUAAAAUACAUUUUGUCCCAUAGAUGUUUAUGAAUGUAGGUAUUUUACAACAUUUUGGUUUAUUAGAUUCAUACUUUCUUAAUGUUGGAUAUUUAGACCGAAUCACAGUGC